GUCAGUACAAUUUUAGAUCUCGAGCGAGCGAGUUCGGCCGGAACACACUGACCGAUACAACCGAUGAAAGCCGUAUUUGUUGGGAAGUAACGCGGACUCCGAUUGCCCAAGGAAAACCCAUUUUUUGUCGCAGUGCAGCAGAGGAUCAUGUACAUUUACCCGAGCUCCCCGGAAUCAGCAUCGUCCUUGCAGUCCGAAGAGAGUGCGGCCAUCAAGAUCCAGGCCGGAUUCCGUGGCUAUCGCGUGCGCAAAGAAAUCCACCGAUCCAGCAAGUCAGCGAAUCCUCGCCAAUCGAAUCCGCAUACCAGGAGGAGCCAACGCCAGCGUCCCAAGAACAACGCACUCAUGGAAAACCAGGCCAAUACGGGAAAACCCCACCCCACUGCCGACGAUCCGCAGUCGGAAAAUGGAGGCAAAUCCGUGGAGGAUCGCUGUGCCACCAAGAUUCAGGCAGGAUUCCGGGGAUUCCUGGUGCGGAAGAAGCAGAAAAUCGCCACCGAUGCGGCCGUGAAAAUUCAGGCUGGCUUUCGGGGAUUCAAAACACGCAAGGAGCUGAAACAAUGCGAACCCAUUGUGUAAUGCUCUUGGGCGUUGUUCCACAAUUCAGAUUUCUACUGUACAUACAAAUAUGUGUAUUCAAAACCUACCGUUUAGUUCAAUACGUGUCGUGUAAAUAGUUUAAUAUUAACUUAUAGCUUCCAGAAGAAUAAAAUACUCUUACUCAAGAAACCGCAAUCUUGAAAGACAACAUUAUCCAUUAACGAUAUAAAUUUGUUUGUGUUUUUCGUAGGCCUCUUUUUGGUAAACAGUGCUGUAUGUAUACGCUGCUAGUACAGUGAAUAAACAUUUCAUUUAUCGAACAUAUACAACUUGUACACACAGGAUGGGAGUUUUCCAAUUUGAAGAAAAUUUAAUGAUUUUUUUUUAGGGCAAUGAUCUAAAGUCUUUUGAAAUAAAACUUGUUUAAUAGCAGGCUAGCGACAGUACUCAUUAAAUUCCGUACAACGACCCAAGGUGUACACCCAUCUCAUAAAUCUGUCAAAUCCGUUUAAUGUUCAGAACAAAAGUGGCAGCCAUCCGCUCAUCCACAGUCCGUUUAAAUUAUAUACGCUUAAAUUGGGGAAAAACAAAUGUUAUGAUUUACUCCCGGAAGCCUUUCCGCCUGUUUGAUAAUAAAAACAUUUUCGAUUAAA